AUGGUGUGCAAGGAUCCACCAUACAAAGUGGAGGAGUCCGGAUACGCUGGUUUUAUAAUGCCGAUUGAGGUGUACUUCAAAAACAAGGAAGAACCUAAGAAAGUACGCUUUGAUUAUGACUUAUUUCUGCACCUUGAAGGACACCCACCUGUAAAUCAUCUUCGUUGUGAGAAACUCACCUUCAACAAUCCAACCGAGGAGUUCCGACGAAAGCUGCUGAAAGCGGGAGGGGAUCCAAACAAGACCAGCAGCACUAACAGCAGUAGCAGCUCCUCGAAGCCCCACAAAUCCAUGAAAGAGCACAAAGACAAACCAUCGAGAGACUCAAAAGAGCAUAAAAGUGCCUUUAAAGAACCUUCCAGGGAACACAGUAAAACUUCCAAAGAGCCCUCAAAGAAACCCAAAGAAAACAAACCACUAAAAGAUGAGAAACCUGUUCCUAAGACGGCAUUUAAGGAACCAAAACCAAUGUUCAGAGAGCCAAAAUCAUUGGAAAACAACAAUAUGCUGGUUGGGGCAGGAGGCUUGCAGCAGGAUGUGAAGGUGGCAACAAAGAGGCCUCCUAAUUCAGACUCUGAUGAACUUGUAGCCAAAAAGAGAAAGAAAAGCAGUUCUGAAUCUUCGUUUAAAACCCUUUCCGGUGCUUCUCUACAACCACUUUCUUCUGAAAAAAAGCUGAUGAAGGACAGAUUGCAGGUUAAAGCAGCAAAGGUGAAAAUGGAAAGUGAAAUAAUAGAGAAAAAGAAACCUAGUUUACCGCCAUUUGAAGACAUUGUAGAUCCAGAUGAUUUGGCGUUAGAUGAAGAGAUGUCCUCAAAAUCUGAGUCCGAACAACCAAGUCCUGCUGGCUCCAGUUCCAGUUCUAACUCCAGUUCCAGUUUUACUCCAUCCCAAAACAACCGACAAGGUCCACUGCGGUCUAUAAUGCAGGAUCUCCAUUCAGAAGACAAUGAGUCUGAUGAAGAUGAAGAUAACGGAAAUGGCUCUGAUAUGGAGAGAUCAUUAAAUACCCACAGCGGAAACCGAGCACAUAGAAUGAGUUUGAGUGACGGGAGUGACAGUGAGAACAGUGGCAGCUCGACUCCACCCAGAAGUGAAGCACCCACAGUACUAAAAAACAAUAACAAUCAGGUUUUAGAAGUGAAAGGCCCAUUAAAGCAAAGCAAACCUGAGAAAACAGUAAAGAAUGGGGAUUAUGACCAGGCAUAUCUAGAUGAGCUGGUUGAACUACACAGGCGACUAAUGACACUUCGAGAACGGCAUAUACUGCAACAGAUUGUUAACCUUAUAGAAGAAACUGGACAUUUUCACAUCACAAACACAACAUUUGACUUUGACCUUUGCUCACUGGACAAAACCACGGUUCGAAAAUUACAGAGUUAUCUGGAGACCUCCGGAACAUCAUGAAGACAUUGAUGCCUGGUUGCUUCUCUAGCAAGCUAAAAACUUGAACUUUCUCAAGGAUGCAAUCCAAUCAACCAGCCCAAGAGAGCUACAUAUUGCAGCUUUUUUUCAGCCAGUCAAUCCUCUCUCCCCUUAAUGUGUUGCUUGGGGUGGUGGGGGAGGGGGAAUGUGAAGAGAUUUACCUAAUCUUAGAAAACAUUUCUGGAAGUGUUGAACUAAAAGGUCCACUUCCUCCUCCUCCUCCACUUUGGAAAUUUGCUCUCCAUGGAUCUCUCCAGUACUGUUCAUCUGUGUGGUGUUCAAACAGGGAAUCGAAGCAUGUACAACACUGCCUUAGUACGCAACUGAUCUAUUUAUUAAAAUGUACAUUCAUGAGAAAUAUCUUGCAACUUUGGAACAACACUACCGGACAUUACAAGCAUUUGGGUUGUGUGUAUGUCAAAGGCUUCUGAAUGCAAUAGGAAUGUUGUCACCCAAUGGCUGGUGAAUUCAUGUCCACCAGUUUUUCCAUUUUUCUAUGAAAACUAGCUGCGAUCCUAGGGGACACUAUGUGACAACACAAAAUGCUCUAGCCUUAGUAAUUGAACUGUAGUGCUUUAAACCUGUUACUGUGCACUGUUCUCAAACAAUGUUACCAGCUUGCUGAUCUUUCUAAUGUUUUAAUUAGUGGUUGACCAGCACACGUAGUGACCCAGUGCCAGUACUAGGAGAUUUGGUAUCUAUACCACAACUCUUUCCAGAAGGGAUGUGCUUCCCAGUUUUGACUUGGACAUUUUAAAGAAGAGAAUACCGUUUUGUGCCAUCAUUCUUACUCACACUCCUAGGUUAUCCUGAUAUAUACUGUUUACAUCUUUCAUUAAAAAUGGACACAAUUUUAAGCACCUUUGGGGACAGGUGCAUCUGUAGCAUUGUUGAUUCUCAAUCUUUGUUCAAAUCCCUGGUCCAGAUGUGCAUUCGUAGCACUACCAAUGAGUUAAAAUGUUGAAGGCUCACAGAGCUAUUUGAAUUGGGAGAGGUGAGUGGUAAAAGGUUAGAAAAGCCUAAUGUGUACUAAUGCUCUUUCACUGAUGAACAUGCCUGUUCUGGCAUUUGCAAUUGGUGCCAAGUAACUGGUCUGAACUAGAGUGGUCAAUCAUUAGUUAAAACAUUUCUGCCAUGUCGAAUCGAUUAUGAACUAUAAGAAAAAGACUCUAUGUGGAAUUGUCUAAAAUAUUGUUCUGUUCCUAAUUUUUUGUAAUCUUGUGAUGUAGAAAAUUCUUAAUUUGGGACUAAUUAUUUAUUUUGAAAUAUUCCCCUCACUGCCAAAUCUGUGUUAGGCAUCUUGACCAUCUUGGUAAAAUGUGUGUGUUUGUAUCUGUCUGUCCUUGUUACUGAUGAUGAAAAACAUUUUGAACAGAUAUUUCUUUUUAAGAAGUAUGUUGCAGUAAAAUCAUAUUUUCAUGUGUCAACAUUAGAGUCUGUUUGAGAACGUAACUGUUACUUUCAGUCCAAAGACAGGAUGAUUUUUUUAGUACUUUUUUUUAUUAUUGAAAUUUCUGAAACUGCUUCCAACAGAACAAGUGUACUUUCCAGCAACAACGAGGUUAAAAUAUAAAUCAAUGUGUCCAUUACUUGAAAAGUUACCUUGUUAGUAUACUUUCAAUGUGCAAUUCCUGUCAGGAAAACCAGACUGCUUUUUUUUUAAACGGGGAAAUAAUCUUUCUUUCACUUAAAAAUUAUGUUUAAGAGUACAUUUUCAAUCAUCAUUACUCUUUGAUUCGAUUUGUUUCUGGUUCUUUGGUAAAACCCAGAAAUGUUCAUUCAAAAACAAAAUUCCAGCAGUCUUCAAAAGUUUAACUUGGUACUUGUUGGUCCUUUUAAUUUAUGUAGUUGCUUGGUCCACCUUAAUUGUUGUAGAUAAAUUUUGUGGUGCAGCUCAUUUUAAAUUUUCAUUUUUUUCAAUUAAGUUUGGCUACGAAUUUGUGAUAAUUCCAGCCAGCCCAUUUAUUUACGUCAGUAAUCUGUCAAAAAGGCAAUACUUGUACAUUGAUCUGUUGCUUCUUUAUAAAAACAGAUUCUGCGUAUAAAGAUGUUUAUAUUAAGUGGAUAAGGGUAGAGAAAGGUGUUUAUAAGAGUUUUUUUAAAAAAAGAAAGAAGAAAUGAACUGCAAUAGAACAUUUGUGGUUUAAAUCAGCAAAUGUUUUCUUCUGAAUGGACUUAAGCCUGAAUUAAUGGAGAAUGUCCAGUAUCUAUUGUAUUUUCACCCACAAAAUAUACAAUCAAUUUGCU